ACAGAAUCUCUCUCGAUCAAUCAAGAUGAUGGACAUGGCCACACUGGGCUACCUAAUGUUCUCUAACUUUGCUGACAAGCUGGUUGCCUGUAUCAUGGGCAUCGUGGUGUCGGCUUAUGCCCUCAACAUCGAGCUGAAGCAGGCCAAAAACCCCAAAUACAAGGCUUACUGUGACAUCAAUGACAAGAUGAGCUGCACAAGGGUGCUGUGCUCCGAGUAUGGUAAAGGAUUUGGAGUGGUAGGGUUACUGGUGGGAAAGGAACAUUUCCUGAACAUGCCAAACUGUCUGCUAGGAAUUGUUUUCUACUCUCUACAGAUUAUAUUGGCUUGCAGCUCUUCUGGUUUGGCGGUAACUCUGGCCUACUAUGCUUCCAUCCUGUCCUGCAUUGGCUCUGUAUAUUCUGGCUAUCAUCCUGUUUUUUGUGCUGAAGGAUGUUUGCCUGGUUUGUAUAGCCACAUACAUCAUCAAUGCGGGGUCUGCUAUAUCUUAACUACUCCCUGUACACUGUUUCAUGAAAAAAAUGUAUUCAUGUUUCACAAAGAUAACUGUAGUUUUUAUCAGUCAAGCCGUGAGGGACAGUGGAACGUCCAAAAUAAUUCCCUGUCCAAGGGCUGGGAUUGAACAUCACUCCAUGGAUCUGACAGUUGAAAACAAUUAUCAAAACUUUGUCCCAC